AUGUUUAUGGAUAAGUUUGACUUCAUGGAAAGUCUAAUUCGAGAAGAGUUUCCUGAAAACUAAGAGCGAGUCAUUACUGAGGAGGAAAUUGAAAGACUCACAAUUAAAGAUGACAUGUCCUAGUCGAAUAAGGGUGUCUACAUACUCAAAAAAGGUAUGGAGGUUAUUCUAAAUUUACCUUCUUACAUGACUGAAAAGGACGGCAACGAGCAAAUAUUUCCAAUGAUUAUUAACUCUAUUGAUCACUGGGACGAUGAAUUCUUAGUUGAAACUAUAAGUUUAGUAAAUGACAAAAAUAGCAAUAAAUUCCUUGAUAUUUGCGUAAAUUAGUUGACUUACGACACUUAAACUGUAAGAUAUAAAAUCCAUUCAAUAAUAUGUUUAAAGGCAUGGUAUAAAUGGCUAGAUUUGAUAGUUGAAGUUAUACCAUCAUGCAGAUUUCCUGUAAUAGAUGAAAUAUUCUAAAACUAUGAAAUUGGUGAGAGGCUGAGCUUUAAGAAAGCUCAGAAAAUCAGAAUUAGAGGGACUGAAAUACUAUUGAUAUUUGUUCUUGGUAUGUUAAGACUUAGAAAUCGAAGAUCUAAUUCUCAACUAAAUAACCUUGAAAAUUAGGUCCUAUAAAAAUAUCUAAACUAAGCCAUCACCUUAUUCCAGGAUAACUAAUGGGUUUUGAGAAAAAUCUGUGCUGAAAAGCUUGAAGAUCUUGGUCUCGAAUUCAAUUCAGAAGAAUUGAAAUAAAUAUUUAGCAAAGAAAUGAAAGUGUAAUGCUUAAAAUACUUAGCAAAAGCCUUAAACUAAUCUUCGAAAAAGUUCAAGAAGAUGAUGACAGCUAACUUAAAUUAGUUAAAGAAAUUGGAAAAAUCUCUUACUCUGAAUGCAGCUUACAACCUUCCUGCUAUGAAUUAAGUCUUCACUGACAAAAAUAUCCUAGACUGUUCCUAGAUCAUUCUUCAAAGUUCUCUUUUCUUUGAAGAUAUGUUACAAUAAACACCACCUUAGUAAUCUUCUACUGCUGAUACAUCUCCCCUUAAUACUAGUGAUAUCUCAAUGGACAAAUUUAGCUUCAUGAGUGUUGCAAAGAAAAAUAGUCAAAAUCAUGAGAAUAGUUUACAAGUAGUACUAUAAAUAGCUAAAGGACUCCAUGAAUAAUUUAAGAUGCCUCAUAUUGACAUUCAGCAGAAGGAUAAUCUUUUCCAGUCUUAUAUGAAUUUUCUGUCUAAUGAUGAAGUAAAAGAAUGCAUGAUCGAAAAUCUUGGGGAUGCCAUUAUAAAUUUAGACUUCAAAGUUGAUGAUCCAAGAAGUUAAUAACUUGUAGAAACCAUUAUCGAGAUUUUUCAUAAACUCCAUAAACAGGAUAUUCACAAGAAAAACUGGAGGAAAAUGGCAGAAUUUCUUGAUCAGGUAAGCAAGGCUGCACAUCUAAUGAACUGCAGGAUAUUGUGUGCUAACAUGUUUGAAUCACUUAUAAAUCUCAUUUCAGAUAAUAGAGUAAAUGAGGGUAUCAAACCAUCUAUUGCUAAGGUCUUGUCUUAUCUAAUUUAUCAUAAUCAUAGAAAUUAAGAAAGGAAAGAGAUGUCUAAAUAAAUAGUAGUUGAAUUAGCCUUUUCAAAAAGCUUUACUUAGAGAAAAGCUUACUUCACAUUUUGUGAAUAGGCACUUAAUUAGGAUUAUAAUAGGAUGUCUAAAUCUUUCUUCUUCGAUAAUUUCUUUGAGCCAAUAAUGAUGCUAAAAGAUGAUAAAUAACUUGCAAUAAGAAGGAGAUUCUGUAUAGUGGCUGAAAAAAUACUUCUAAAAUUUCUAUAUCAAUGCAAAUAAAUUUAGAAUGAUCCUGAUAAAGAUCUAAGAUUUUAGCUUUUUGCUGCAAUCGAUGGCUUUAAAAAUGACAUGGAUGAAGAAGUCAGUGAUAUUGCAUACGAUUGUGAAUAAAGAGCAUUGAAACAAAAAGACAUAUCUGAGGAGGAAUACUACUCAAGACUUGAAGAAGAAAAUAAGCUAUUGCAAUAUGAGCAGGAUUAAGAGAAAAGAGAUAUGAAGGAAAAAGUAGAUGAAGAAAUUAAAAGAAAGUAAGAAGAAGAGCAUAAAUAUGAGCUCUAUAAAAUGCUAUAAGAUCCUAAAUACCAAAUGCAGAGAAGAAAGACAUUAAGACAAACUUCAAAAGUGAAUAUACCAAGCAGUUAGUCUUAGAGUCAAAAGAAAUUAACAAAGAGAAAUUCAGCAAAUGAUCAUAUGAUCGUUGGUUUAAAUUCUAUUGCUUCAGGUUACAAUAGUAACUCUGGAACCAAUGAGAAUAAGUAUGGAGGAUCACAAAACUCUAUUGCCUCAAAAAAAGCAGGUGGGCAAGCAGUUAAAAGAUAUAAUAGCACUGUUACAUCUAGUGCAAUCGGUUCAAUCAAAGAAGAGGGUUAAAGUCUCUAGUAGCAAGUUGCAGUUGUCCUUGCUAGCUAAACUAGUAAUAUAAGUGCUAGCAGCACCAGUAGCGGAGGAAGCUCAAGUUCUAAAAUCAGAGGAAAUAGCCAAAAUGCUAUAAAAAGUUCAGCAAUUAGUAGAAAAAGAUCUUGA